CCUUUUAAUACAGUUUUGCUGGAAGUUGCGCUGCGUACGGAUCGCCCGAUAUUGGUGUUUGGAAUUUGUGGUGCCAGAAGGAACAGAGAUUAUACCGGACCGAACCGGGAAGUUACUCGGUGUGACCAGAGCGCAGAGAAAGCAGAGAAUUCGGAAAGUGUGUCGGACCAAGUGUGUCGGAGCAGCAUUAACAGUGUGUCCUUUGCACCUCGUUCCGGUGAAAAGGAUUUCUUUCCGCGUGUGUGAUUACGAACGAUUUAUCCCGGAACGGAUAAAACGGACUCCCUCCCUCCGCGAACUACAGUCAAUAACAAUGAAGUAUAGCAUAGUGUUCGUGGUUGCACUCUUCGGAGCUGCCGUGGCCCAGGAGAGCUUCAAGUGUCCGGACGAUUUCGGCUUCUACCCGCAUCAGAGCUCCUGCGACAAGUACUGGAAGUGUGACAACAACGUGGCCGAGCUGAAGACCUGCGGCAACGGCCUGGCGUUCGAUGCGACCGACUCCAAGUACCUGACGGAGAACUGCGACUACCUGCACAACGUCGACUGCGGUGACCGCACCCAGCUAGAACCUCCGAUCUCCACGUCCCACUGCGAGCGUCUGUACGGUAUCUUCCCCGAUGCGGCCAAGUGCGACGUGUUCUGGAACUGCUGGAACGGUGAGGCCUCCCGCUACCAGUGCUCGCCCGGACUCGCCUACGAUCGUGAUGCGCGCGUCUGCAUGUGGGCUGACCAGGUGCCCGAAUGCCGGAACGAAGAGGUAGCCAAUGGAUUCACCUGCCCAGCCGCCGGUGAGAUCUCCAAUGCUGGUUCGUUCUCGCGACAUGCCCACCCGGAGGAUUGCCGCAAGUACUACAUCUGUCUGGAGGGAGUCGCCCGCGAGUACGGUUGCCCGAUCGGUACGGUCUUCAAGAUCGGUGACGCCGACGGUACCGGUAACUGCGAGGAUCCCGAGGACGUUCCCGGAUGCGAAGAUUACUACGGUGAUUUGGACUUGAAGAGCAUCCGCAAGAGUGAGCUCCUUGCCGGUCUGGCCGUCCAGAACGGUGGUGGUGGUGCGCCCGCCAAACCUAUCACUAAGUCCAACCGUCCGGCGCCGAAGGACAGUAACUAGGGACACAUCUCAUCUCGUACAGCAGGGCAGUAGUGAAGAAAAGGGGGAUUGGGAAUAGAUGGGGGGAAAACAGGGGACGGUAGACCACCGUCGCGAGCGAGAAAAGCCCGUUAGGAUACUACAGGCGAGUAGGAGUAGUAGAUAGAAACAGAUAGCAAAACACUAAACACACACCGAGACGAUACAGAGGGAGACCAAACGAGCAAGAGAGAGAGAGAGAAAGAGAAAGUGAGAGAGCGAGAGAGUGAGAAAGACAGAUAAAGAGAGGGAUAUUUGUGUGUGUGUGAUGAGAAGAAAGGGCAAAGAAUACUUUUAAAAUGGCUACUUUACAACCCCAUCAACAAGCUAGAUACUGGAUACUAAGGGGAGGAUCCGCUGCCGCCGGUCCCGCUCGAAUCUCCCUUGGCAAAGGAAGUGCCGAGGGAAUCUAACAAAUAACUCAGAAAACCCCAACACACUCACACACAACGGCGUGUGUGUAUCCAUGUGUGCAAAACCAUCAGCGCCUAAUCAAUGCCGGAUCGCAGGAAGAUUGACGUCGUCGCUGUCAAAGGGGGCGCUGUGCAGCAGUCGAACAGGGAAACAGAUAAGGCGAGGCCUACUUUUCCCUGUUUGCCUUUGAGUGACCACAAUAUCUGGCGGCGACGAACGGAGGCGUUCGUGUGCGCAGCAGGCGAUGCGUUAUUGGCUUACUGACCGCUUGGCACCACUUGGCCUUGGCCACCCUUCCCCAUAUCAAAGGCCCCUCUCGCGUCCAUGCCAUGAAAUGGGACGAAGAACGCACGACGGAAACGAACAAGCUUCCUUGGGCACCGACAAAUCGGAGAGAGAGAGAGAGCUGUAAGAAAAAGGCAAAAAUCCUACUGAUGCUUGAUGAGUGAUAAGGAUUCGAGAGUGUAUCGUCCGGGGGGAGGGUGUCCGGGGAUUCCAUCCUAGUAAUCCUUUCCGUCCCUUGUGUCGGCCCGCCGGAGGUCAACGUUCUUUUGGAAUCUGCACCCCUACCACUCGCAACUCACCUCGCCUGCAUUCACAGCCAAACUCAACAGAUUUCCGUUGAGUGUGGCUCGUGGUCUAUUUGUAUGCGUGUGCCUCUCCACCGCUUUUGUCUCUUCUUGAGCUACUUUGAGCUACUUUGAGCUACUUCGGUGCGGCGUGGGGUUUACCUUGGACUUGCUCGGCCCGCCAGUUAUGUUUUUUUUUACAUGUUGUUUUUGCUGACCGAGGAUUAGUGCCUCGCUCUCACUAACUUGCUAACUUAUUUAUUUUUCAACCGCUACCCUCCCGGCCAUGUUGCGAUGACAGCCGUGGGGGCCACUCACUAUCUCCUCACUAUCACAAUCUGUCACUUGGAGGGUUCGAGAACAGCCCGCACAGCAUUCCCUUUUCUUUCUCCACCGAAAGCAUGCAGAAAAUACUCAAUAAACUCUCUCAUUCCGAGUUAACCGUUGACCCCGAAACAGCGCCGUUUCGUUCGUCGGUCGGUCUGUCAUCCUCGAUAGUAGUCUGAUAGUAGUUUAUCUAGCCUGUGACGUAGAGCAGCGAUACCUAGAACACCGCCACCGAAACAGAACAGAACGGAACACAGAAACAGAAGAGAACAGAAGUUAGUACUCGUUGAAGUGGAAGCUGAAGCGCGAAAAGAGAUAAAAAGGAAAUAAUAAAAAAAAAUCUUUAAAACCUUUACCACA